AUGUCCAAGGAAACCGGGCGAAUGGUUCACUACAAGCUGACAUACUUCAAUGGACGUGGUGCUGCCGAAAUUAUUAGACAGGUUUUCGUCCUUGCCGGACAAGACUACGAAGACAUUCGUCUAACCCAUGAAGAGUGGCCAAAGCACAAAGCUUCAAUGCCAUUCGGCCAAUUGCCGGUUCUCGAAGUCGACGGAAAACAAUUGCCCCAAUCCGUCGCUAUCGUACGCUAUUUGGCUAGGAAAUUCGGUUUUGCUGGCAAGAGCGCUUGGGAAGAAGCUGUUGUCGAUUCGAUCGCUGACCAGUUCAAAGAUUUCCUCAACGAAGUUCGUCCCUACUUCAAAGUUCUGUUAGGAAUGGAUCAAGGUGAUUUGAAAGCCCUUGAGAAGGACGUGUUUGAGCCUGCACGCCAAAAGUUCUUCACCAUCAUAACCAAGAUUCUCAAAGAAAACAAAACUGGAUACCUAGUCGGAGAUUCGCUAACAUUUGCCGAUCUCUACGUGGCCGAAAUGACUACCUUCACAGAGCACUACCCUAAGCUCUACGAUGGAUAUCUCGUUGGUGAUUCGCUGACUUGGCCUGAUCUCUACUUGGCUGGAGUAGUUGAAUGGGCCACAAAGAUUCCAACACUAUACGAUGGAUUCCCGGAGUUGAAAGCACAUUCUGAAAAGAUCCGAUCGAUUCCCGAGCUGAAGAAGUGGAUUGAAACUCGUCCAGAAACACCAUUCUGA